AUGUGGCGCCCAAAUCUCAAUUUCGUCAAGUUGCAUUAUAUAUACAUUAUUGUCAUGGGUCUUUCUAGCUUCCUUUUUAUAUAUCCCAACGGCAAGCUCAGCGCAAUCGAUGCUUAUUUCCUGGGUGUCAGCGCCUCGACCGUUACCGGCUUAACUACGACUAACCAAUCCAGUAUCGAUGUCCCGGUCCUCAGAACGUACCAGCAGUUGUACCUCUACUUCAUUCCCCUUGUCUGCAAUACUGUGGUUAUUAAUAUCAUCGUCGUCGUCGCUCGUUUGAUCUGGUUCCGGAAAUACCUUAAGAAAGCCGCUCCUGCCCUGUUGAGCCGACGCAGAGCCGCAGAUCCGGAUCCCAAGGAAGAUCCUGAGAUCGGUGCCGAGAUUCCCGUUUCGGAGCAGCCUGGACACCGACCCAGCAUUGCGCGUGCUGUCACAGACCGUGUUCCCAGAAACACUGCAGAGAAGGAUGUGCUCCCCCAGAUUGAGGCCCGCAGUCAAACACUCCCAGCUCCUGAUCAAAAUUCACAACGUUCUGUGGAAGAUGGCACACCUCCCGUUAAGGACGACAAGGUGACCGAGCACGGGACAAAGAUCACAUUUGACCCCUCAACCGAUCAUCAUCCUCGACAUGAACACCAAGACGCUACUCUCUACAUCCCUGGACCCCGCGCCCGUGAUCAAGAUGACACUAUCGAGCCUAUUUCUCGUACAUAUUCUAAUUCCAUCAGAACUCUUCGCCAUCGACGCAGUGGUCUUAAUCUGUCCCAAGUUCGUUCGGUAGAACGUGUCGCUACCGUUGCUUCGUCGCUGUUUGUUAUCGGCAACACUGCUCAAGGUCCUAAGGAGCGUCCGUUAGCAAGAGCGCCGACACUUGCUGUAGGUGAUUUCCCGAACUUGUCGCGUGAGGUGACAAUUGGGCGGAAUUCCAUCUUUCACAACUUGACGUCAGAGGACCGAGAGGAACUUGGCGGUAUUGAGUACAAAAGUCUAAAGUUACUCCUCAAGAUCAUCGUUGGCUACUACGCUUUUCUCCAAUUCCUGGGUGCUGUCUGCCUGAUAGGAUGGGUUAACCAUGCUCCCAGCAAGUAUGUUGACUAUAUUGCUAAAUGUGGUCAGAACCGUUUCUGGUGCUUGUCUCAUCUCCUGUUCAGGGCCAUCUUUUCCGCUCAAACUAUGGUCGCCAACUUGGGUUUCACCUUGACCCCUGACUCAAUGAUCUCAUUCAAUGAUGCCCCGGCUCCGCUGCUUAUCAUGAGUGCCCUCGCGCUUGCUGGACAUACGUUCUACCCUAUUCUACUGCGCUUUAUCAUCUGGUCUGCGUCGAGAGUCAUUCCAAAACAGUCUUCACUGCAAGAGCCGUUACACUUUCUCCUGAACCAUCCGCGUCGCUGCUAUACCUUGCUCUUCCCUAGCGGACCGACCUGGGCAUUGCUCGCCAUUCUCACCCUCCUCAACGUCGCCGAUGUCCUCUUCAUUAUUCUGCUUGAUUUGGAUAAUCCGACUGUUACAGUUCUCCCGGGGUGGCAGAGAUUUUGCGCCGCUGUAUUCCAGGCCGUCAGUUCACGACACACCGGUACUGCCACUUUUAAUUUGGCCAAUGUCAACCCAGCAGUACAGUUAGCUUUGUUGGUCAUGAUGUACGUUUCGGUUUAUCCUAUCUCUAUCGUGGUUCGAUCUUCCAAUACCUACGAAGAACGCUCCCUUGGAAUCUACGAGGAUGAGCAGCAACCGGAUGAGGAAGAUGGCGGUUCCUAUUUUGUGACACAUCUACGGAAUCAGCUCAGUUUCGAUCUGUGGUACAUUUGUCUUGGACUUUUCUGCAUCACCAUCGCAGAGCAUAAGAAGAUCAUGAAUGGAAACGACAUAGCAUUCACAAUGUGGCCCAUUUUGUUCGAGGGUGUGUCGGCAUAUAAACUCGUCAUUUGCGCCAUGAUGAUUCGUGGGCGGCAUCGCGGGCUCCCAUACGCUUUGGAUCGCGCCAUUGUCCUACCGACCGAAAAGUCAAUGGGUGACGAGACCACCUCUACACGCACGCGUUCGCGUUCACACGAAUCUCACGAGCAUCAUGAGUAG